AUUGCGCAUCCCCUGCCAACACACACCACAUUAUGGCCGACACAGAAGUACCGGUCGUCAAAUUCAAGAAGCGUGGGGCAAAGGCUGCACCAAGAAAAGCCGCGCCCCCGCCGCCGCGAUCAGACUCCGAUUCUUCAGACUCGGAUGGCGAAGGCGACGACGGCCGCGUCGUGAAGAGGCGGAAGGUCAACGAACAUGCCCUCAAGGCCUCGACAGCAGACCAACAAACUCCCAGGACUGCUCUUGAAGGCACAACAAAGUACGAAGCCAACCGCGCCGCUGUAAUCGAAGCCACCGACGAUGCCACCAAAGCGUCCAACUGGUACGAAAACGACCACGCAAGCGAUGCGCUCAGUUCCAAGAGCCUCCUCGGCAGCACACGAAUACUCGCGAAGCCCCAGUCAUUAAUCGAGAAGGAUGCGAAUGCGCCGGAGCGCAAAGUAGGGCCGCAAAAGUCGUCGUCAAACGUCCGUACCAUCACCAUGGUGGACUACACACCGGACGUGUGCAAGGAUUACAAACAAACUGGUUUCUGCGGCUUUGGCGACGGCUGCAAGUUUCUGCACGCUCGUGAGGACUAUGCCGCGGGGUGGAAGCUGGAUAAAGAGUGGGAAACAUCAAACAAAGGCAAAAAGCCUGGCGGCACUGUCGUAGCGUCGGCGAAUCGCGACGGCAAGAAAGACGAAGAUGGCAUCGAUCUGUCAAUGCUGGAAAAGAUACCGUUUGCCUGCAUUAUCUGCAAGCAGCCCUACAAGAGCCCUAUCAUUACGAAAUGCGGUCAUUACUUCUGUGAAGCUUGCGCGCUGAAGCGCUAUCGAAAGGAUCCUACGUGCGCAAACUGCAGUGCAAAGACAUAUGGCGUCUUCAACGGAGCGAAGAACCUGCAGAAAUUGCUUGCGAAGAAACAGGAAUGGGAGGACAAAAAGAAGGCAGAGGCAGAAGCAGAGGCAGCGGAGAAGGGUGAAGGUGGUGGCUGAAAUACCCAGGCAAUACGCGCUCAUAAAAAUACGAGAAGCAGUAAGUAGCACUGCGAUAUCUGCAACAGCGAGAGAGAAUUGUGGUUUCUCUCACCCAGCGCUGCACACCCAAAAGGGAAUCACGCUUGUCAGUUCUCAGGAGUGUGCCUGUUGGAUCGACUGCGCUCUCCAACACUCAGGCCUAUAAGAAGUUUUGAAGGAUGACAUUGUAUUAGAGAGCUAGCAAGGCCUGACUCUCAAUCUAUGAAUGUGAAAGGAAAUUUUAGUAGUACUGUUCGACUUGCUACAGCCGCUCCCGUAAAGCUCUCGUACAUUUAUGUAUAUGCAAUAGUCCACAAAACUAGCCUUGAUCG